UCAAAAAACAUGCUUUCCUUCUCGGGAUAUACGAAAAAUGAUGAAAAUCACGCAAAAAAACUGAAAAAAAUCUGACUUUUUUUGCGUGAUUUUCAUCAUUUUUCGUAUAUCCCGAGAAGGAAAGCAUGUUUUUUGAAAAAAAAAUUGCAUUCUGAGAUAGGAUCUUAAGUAUCGGUGGUAAAAAUUUGAGGUCGAUCGGACCAUUUUUUCGAGGGGUCGUAAUGUGACCUGAUGAAAACUGAAGUUUUCCAGAAAACCCAUAUAAGAACCUCUCAGAAAAUUCCGGGCAAAAAUAUAUCGAUUUUCUUUUUCGAUGUUCUAUCUCUGCUAUAAAUUGGAGCUCAAACGGACGUGUGCUCCGCUUUUGGCAACAUAGUGAAAAAAGACGGGGGUACCCUUAACAGUCCGUUCACAUCAUGUCAUACCAGUCAUGAUGGUCAUUGUACAGAUACACAUGUAGUCCUUCUGCGUUUUACAUCAUUUUUGUUUCACUCAACAAAAAUUAAACAUGACGCGUAGAUUAUGAAAUUAUGAAAGUACUUUCUUAAACAAAGAUCAUUUUGACUUAUUCAUUAAAUAAAAUUCAGUUACUAAAUUUCGAACUGAAGAAAUAAGUGCUGAUACUAAAAUUACAUAUCGGUGUUUCUCGAUCAGAAAAUUUCCUGACUGUGGUUUGCCGUAUUUAAUUCACAAAACCAAAUGCUUUAUCUCAAGAUUAACUUUUUGUUCUAUUUUGUGCAUUUAUAUGUAUAAGUUUUGACUUUUUGAGUAAAAACGUGCCAUUUAAUCACUCUUGUUGUGAAAGUCCUUCUGUGUUUCACAGAAUUUCUUUCUCACUCAGUUAAUUACCGUUAACAUAUCAGUAUAUUUCUAGACUUAUUUUCCUUUUACUAAAAACCCGUUCACAUUUCCGUAACCGUUAACAAAACAGUGAGAACAAUUUUUUUUUUUGUUAAAGGAAAAAUGUGAACCGUUAACUUUUCGGAUAAAAACUGUACACAAAUAAAUAUUUAUUCAUUCUAAUUUUCUAUUUUUAGUUAUUCAAUAAAAAAGUCUGUCAGAGAGCGUUUACAUCAUUCUUAUACAAAUCCAAAAACAGAAACUAUGAUUUACAAUCGAUUGGUAAGAUACUAUAUUUGACCACUAAAAAUAGACAUAUGAUUUUACUCUACGCUUUUAGAGUUCUAUAACAAUGCCAAUUAUGGAAAAUUUUAUCAACCAUAAAGAAGGCAAAAUAAGAUUCAUUUAAAGUAUACAAAAAGAAUGUUAGAUUUGUCUUUCUAUUUUAGGUACAAUUAAUCCAGCUUUCGAAGAUAUUCAAAAUUCAAUUUUAAGAAAUUCAUUAUCAGGACAAACGUCAACAAUUAUGAGAGAACAAACGUCAAUGAUUGAUAUUGAUUUUCCAAUAUCAAUACAAUCUCCUGUUCCAAUAACUAACACAUUUAUCGAGGCUAUAGCUGCACAUCAUUUAUCUUUAAUUGAACCUUAUUGUGGUGAAUUAUCAAAUAAUCGUUUAUCGAGUUCAUCAAAUUAUUCUAGUACAUCACAGACCAUACUCUUAUUUUCUCAACGAACAGAAUUAUGA